GCCCCGGCGGCGUCCCGCGGGGAAGAUGAGCGGCACCAGCGCCAAGUCCAGCCACCUGUCUCAGCCCGUGGUGAAGAGCGUGCUGGUGUACCGCAACGGAGACCCCUUCUUCGCGGGGCGCCGCGUCGUCAUCCACGAGAAGAAGGUGUCCAGCUUCGACGUCUUCCUGAAGGAGGUGACCGGCGGCGUCCAGGCACCCUUUGGGGCCGUGAGGAACAUCUACACCCCGCGCACCGGGCAUCGCAUCCGGAAGCUAGACCAGAUCCAGAGUGGGGGUAACUACGUGGCGGGCGGCCAGGAAGCCUUCAAGAAACUCAAUUACUUGGAUAUAGGAGAAAUCAAGAAAAGACCAAUGGAAGCUGUAAAUACAGAGGUAAAACCCGUAACCCACAGCAAGAUCAACGUGUCAGCUCGCUUUAGGAAAACGCCUCAGGAACCCUGCACCAUCUUCUUGAUUGCAAAUGGAGACCUCAUAAGCCCAGCUUCUCGCCUCCUCAUUCCCAGAAAAGCCUUGAAUCAGUGGGAUCAUGUACUGCAAAUGGUCACAGAGAAAAUAACUCUGCGGAGUGGAGCAGUGCACAGACUUUACACUUUAGAAGGAAAACUGGUUGAGAGUGGGAUCGAGUUGGAGAAUGGGCAGUUUUAUGUGGCUGUCGGCAGAGAUAAGUUUAAGAAAUUGCCUUACACGGAACUACUUUUUGAUAAGUCAACAAUAAGAAGGCCUUUUGGUCAGAAAGCCUCUUCACUACCUCCUAUUGUGGGAUCCCGAAAGUCUAAAGGGAGUGGAAAUGAUCGCCAAUCAAAGUCAACAAUUGGAUCCAGUGAUAAUUCAUCUCCUCAGCCCCCAAAGAGGAAAGGGAAAAAAGAAGAUGUGAAUUCACAAAAACCUACAAAAGGCAAACAAAAUAUGAAGUUAAAGAAUUCAUCAAAAACAGUUCCAAACAGUGAUGAAGGCAUUUUCAAAGCUGGAGCAGAAAGAUCUGAAACGCGGGGGGCAGCAGAAAUCCAAGAAGAUGAAGAUACCCAAGUUGAGAUUCCAGUUGAUCAGAGGCCAGCAGAAAUAGUAGUUGAAGAAGAAGACGGAGAGAAAGAGAAGAAGGAUGUCAAAGAGAAAGAAGACUUCUCAGGGAUGAACGGGGAAGUUGAAGAGAAAGAAGGUGAGGACACUGCAGAUGCUCCCGAGCAAGCUGAGGAGACCACUGAGCACAGUGAGGAGCAGGCAGGCCCUGCUCUUGUCAAUGGAGGCACCAAUGAAGAAAAUGGCGAGGAACUGGAUCAGGUUAAUAAUGAGGUUCAAGAGGCAGUAAACGAGGAAAAAAACUCUCAAGAAGCUGCCAGUGGGCAAGAUGAGGCUGAUUCAGACUCUCAAAGACCACCAAGACCAGAAGUGAAAAUCACCAGCCCCCAAGAAAAUGAUAACAACGAACAAAACAAGGACUCUGCGUUGUAGCAUAGAUGAUUUUUAAAGAGAGCGUAUAUUGAUGAUAAGAAAAAUGAAGGGCUAUAAUACUUGAAUAUUAAGUAUAUAGUUACUGCUAAACAUAAUGUGACAAUGGGGUGACACUACCUAUUGAAUUGUAAAAUUAGAGGCCUUAAUGGAAAGACUAGGUAAUUCUGAAUAGCUACUAAAGGAGACUGCUUGUUGUGGGAUAUGUUUUAAAGUGUAAUUUAGAAAAAUUAAGUAAGAGGCAAGGAGGGGAAUUUGCACUGGGAGCCAGUUGGCUACUUCUCUUUGUAAAGGAUGAAAAAUAAUAGGAUCGUUCCUAUUAUAUCCUUUCUUAUAACUCUAGACAUGAAUUAAAUGGCAGUUUAUUUAAAAGAACUUAUCGAAGAAAGCAUAGGAUUUUAAAGACAUGAUGAUAGGAAAGCAUGUACUAUUUUUUUUAAAGCAAUAAACUCUUGAAUAAAAUUUUGCAUCUUAGUUUCAGAGAUAAUUUGGAGAUGGCAAGAGUUUGAAAUGUUUCCAGGACUUGUUGACAAUCCUUUCUGUCUUCCUUCUUAUCAAACUCUACCUUAAACAAAUUAAAAAGACAGCACAAGUUAUUCAUUUUGGAAAGAGGAAGCAUCCACUCACUGUACUGGUGAUUGAUAUUGUCUGUCAAGUGCUUUGGAGCUUCUUCUUAUGGCUUUGGUGACACUCACUGAGGAAAGUGUCACAAGGAAACAGCCAAUGUCAUUAUUGAGCCUGGUUGGAGGGUUUGCAAGUCUGGUGUCCUGUGGAUUUUCACCAAUCCAUUUUACCUUUAUCAACAAUAUCCCUUUCUUUUCCCUUGUGCUGUUAUAUUAGAGAACUCAGUACUGACUAUUCCAAAAAUUGAAUUAUCUCCAGUUUUUCUUUUUACCAAACAGGUAGUGUAAUAGAAAGAAAAAAUUAGGCUGUAUGUUGAGUUUGUCACUGCUCAGUUUUACUUGCUUUUUGCCUUGUUUUCAUGGCAGGUUAUGUUUAGACUUUUGAGCAGAUUCCUUUCAAUAUAAUUUACAAUCCAUCUGAUAAAGAGUUAUUGAAAUAAGUUUUAAAAUUGCCAUAAUGAAACCUGUUCCUGAUUAUGAAUUUGUGAACUGAUUAAAUUAACUCAUAAUUACCUUGCUAGGUGUAUAUAGGGAAAACACAAUUGUAACUGUUUGUUUGCUUUUUGAAAUUUUAAGAGAUGAUACAGUUUUAAGAGAUGAUACAGUUCUUAAAUAUAGAAAUAAUAUAUUUUUCUCAUAGACUAUUUUGUUGAUUAUGUAGAAGUUAUAUAUUUGAAAUUUUAACUUCUGUACUUUCAUAAAAUUCAUUGUUAAUCAUAAUUUCAAAUAAUUUCCUCCCUCCAGGUUUCGUAAUCAAGCAUUUGGAAUCAAAGUAGUUAUAUGAAACACUUAAUAAUAAAAUUAUAGAAAACAGAUGUGCUUUCCCCAACAGCUAUUUCAAUAUAUUCCACAAAUAGGAAGUCCAAGCAGAGACUAUAAUGUAACAGUAUUGGAAAGAAAUAAUGGUGUAAUGGCAUAUUUAUCUGGGAGGACAAAUUAUAAAUAGGGUACUAUAUUUUAGUACAAAAUCUAGAUCGUGCUUUUUUCUACUUGGGUUAUAUUAUUUGUUUUUCCCAAAUGGGAUAAUAGAAAGCACUGUAGGGUCUAAACAACUGUCUUAUGUUGUAAGGGAGACAGACCACCUGGUAUUUUAAUGUUAAAUUUCCAAGCUAUUGCCAGCCUAGGGAUUAAUGAUUUUAAGCAGCUUAUAAUAAUACGAAAUUAGAUAUAAGAAAUUACAACUAACUAAACAGGUGAUUCUUUCUCUUUCCUUGAAUGAAAAAAAAUUCCCUCUCUUCUUACUUUAAUAAAGGUAUUUUAUCUUGCCUUUUGCUCUUUUUCUUCAUUAUAUUACAAAAUGUAGGUCUUUACGAACUUUUAAAAGAGGUCAUCUUAAUGAAGCUCAAUGCUAUUUUACAUGAAUAAAAAAGUUAAAUAUAUGCCAGGAGGGUGAUAGGUGACAACUAGAGCAAAGAAUUUGAAACAUGGAGAUUAUCAGUUUCUCUUGUCCCUGCGUAUUUUACCACCUGUUGGCAAGAUAUAAUUGUAAUCUAACUGGAGGGAAUGACAUCUAAUCACCUUAAAGCACUUUGAAAACAUUUAUUACUGGGGUAAAAAAAUGAAUGGAUUAUGUUGUCUAACCAGGGAAGAAAUCAGUCAAAGGGGACUAAAAUUGUGAACCACAUUUGGGAGAUGUCUCUAACAUAAAUGAUGAAAGUAAAUUUAUGCCCCCAAUGUGGACAUUUUCUUCAUGGUGUAGACUAACUUCACAAAUUAAAUGAGUCUAGCUGAUUUGGAGACGAUUUUUAUGAGUGAGAAGAAAUCUUGGUUAGGAUUCAGAAUUGUUUUCUAGAGAGAGAGUGCUAUGAAAUACUCAUGUAACUUUUUUAUGUGGUGCAACCAAUAGCACACUUUCUUUCAGAUAUAUAUAUAUACAACAUCAUAAAGAACUGAGAUAUAUAUAUAUAUAUGUAUGUAUAUAAAGUACCUUGCAUUUUGUGGAACUACUUUCUGAAACAAAUGGACUCUAAGACAUUAGUAAAUAGCUGGUAUAUUAAUUGGAUUGGAAAAUAGGAAUUUUGCACAACAAAUAAAGAUUUUAGCUAAAGCCAUUUUCAUGCUUAGGAUGUUUUACUUGGCUUAGCUUCUGUUAAAAUAACCAAUGAGAGUCCGUGGACUUCUAGUUACCAAACUUGAUAUGAUGGCUAUCGGAUCAUUUUUACUCACUAUUUUUCUCUAUGACCACAGGAGGACUUUUAUUUUUUUUUUAGCAAAGCAUUUUUAAAAAUACUAUUUGUGUUCCUGCUCUGGUCUGUAAAGACAGAACUACCCCACGUAUAUGUUGCUUAGAGACAGAUACCUCUCAUGAUGGUUAAACCAUACUAAUAUGACAUUAUUCAUGCUAAUUCUUCCAGCUUAUAACUCAUAAACCAACACCCUCAACAGUUUCACUAAGUAACCUUCUACACAAAGGAUAAAGUCCAUUCAUCCAGGAAACGUCUGUUUAUUUAAAAUCAUGUCCAGAGCAUGACUGGAAGACUUCUUUAUCUUGUUAACUGACUGUCUUAAACAAUCAGCUCUAUACUUUCACUUUGUGCUCAGGAAGUAGCAAAAGCAAAGUUUAAAAAAAGAUUAGCUGCUACACAGAAAACAUCACAUCUGAACUGUUGCCAAUCUGAGCAAAAAUAGAAUCUAUAGAUACACACACAUAUAUAUAUACAUAUUCAAGUACUGAUUCUAAUGCACUUAUCCACUUUAAAACACUGAAAAGACCUCUUCAGGCACAGCAUUAUUAAUAGAAUAAGACUCUUGGCUCUUUUGAGAGAAGCAAUGCAUAAAAUCACAUGGAAAAGAGAUGCUCUUUUAAAAUAAAAUCACAUGGAAAAUGACGUAUAUCAUGGUGCUUUAAAAGCUGGUUCCUGAAGAUGUUGAGACUUAAAAUUCUCCUUAAAAUAAGAAAAGUACGAACAUUAUAAUGAAAAAUUUAUUUUAGGAGUGAAUAUAUAUAUAAUAUAUAUCCUAACAUAUUUUUAUAGACUAUAUAUGCUCUCUAUAUAGAUUACAUAUAUAAAAUCUUAUAUUGUCUAUAUAGAUAGAAUAUAUAUAACCUUGUUUUCCUGAAGUGACAACAGUGCAAUCCUUUAGUUCAUUGUCACCAACCGUAAGUACCAUAUAUUGUAGGUAUAGAAUAUUUUAUACCAACACAGGCUCUGGCACAUUCUCUGCUUGUGAAUGUAUGUGUAUGAAUUGCAUGACUACAUAGAGGACUCUUUUUGAUAUCAAGUAGCCAGAUUCACUACAAUUUGAGCAAAAGACUGGCCUAUUGGUGUAUUAGUUCAAGUUACGUGCAGGAGUUUUUUUAACUUCCUUUUAUGAAUGCAAUACCUUCCUCAGUAGAACCAUUUUUAAAGUUUAAUCUCUUUUUCUAAGGCAAUGAGCACAUAUGGUUCUGUGUAUGAAGUAUCCUUUUUAUAAAUUCUAUAAGGUUUUUGCUUUUCAGAAAACAUCCUGCUGUCUAGAUGGGUUUGGUUUUUUUUUCUUACCAUGUGAAGCUUGUCUUAUAUCCUACCAUGAAGUCUAAAUGAGAUGGGGAAUGUAGAUGAGGAAGAAAAAUAAUGGUUUUGAAGAGAAGUAGCAUGCCUUAAAUAUGAGGAAUUAGGAAAGACUUAAAGAAAAUCUGGAUGAACAUAAAUGGUUUAUAAUAUUAGGUCUCUUAACAGAGCUCCAUUAACCUGAGACUUGGCUUUAUGACUUAGCUUUACACUAUGAAUGGGACCAAAUGAAUUCUCUAUAGUUUCAUCUGUGUAAACCAUGUAGUUUGAGUGUUUGAGGUAUUGUCACAAAUGGUCAUGGCAGGUGGGAAGAAGAAAGUCUAUAAUUAAUUUUAGAAGUUUAGAGAAAACCUAUUGAUAUUAUUUUUGCUUCAAUGUUUUUUCUUAUGCCUUAAAUCUUCAAUAUGUACAAUGAUAAUGGAUGAUUAUUGAUGUUGUAAGUAAAAAAUUGAGCACAUCAUUUUUAUAUGAUUUAUGCUUAUAACUUCUCUCUGUAAGAAAAAUUAUUUGCGGUUUUGAUUAAGUUAUGAGUGUUUAGGUUUUUACUUCUGUAUCAUUGCUCCCUCUAAAAUAUAAGAUUACUGUAUCUUUUGAGAAAAUAGAUCUGCAUUUUAUAUAAUUAAAAUGUGCUU